UCUCCGCGCCGCGAGGCUCACUAUCAGCUCGAGGACACUUCACGAUGAGACGACACACCGAGAAACGCUCGAGCGGCAGGGUAUAGUCACCGCUUUCUCCACGCUCAUGCCUCGCUGCCUCCAUUCAUGAUGCACCAUUCAUGCAUCCACAAGAAUGGAAGCACUUUGCGAGGAAAACAUUAAAAUAACCGGUUGUCUCGCUUUUAAAAGACGCAUCCUCGCGCGGCUUCUUUUCAUGUAGGUCAAGGUGAUGAAGAGCCCGAUUUUGUCUUUUGAGGGUGCCGCUCGAAUGUAGGGCUAAUAAUACAGGAAAAAGCCAAGCAAACAAAAGACAUCCAGCCCCCCUCCUCUGACGCACCUGGCUGCCCUGUCGCCACUUGACAUGACAGCGCAGAGCCGGGAGCAGAGCAGCAGGAUCAAGGGGCACCGACGUGCAGCCGGACGUGUGGACUCGACAAGGAGGGGAGCCUCCGGACGCACGGCGGAGACGCAGCAGCAGCCCAGGGGAGGCCGGAUUGCAGUUCCCGGGGACGAGCGCCAAGGGCAGUGCGGCAGUCAGCAGGCAGACCGGGGGGAGGAGGCUGCGGAGAUCUGUGAUACUUCCCCCCCAGGCCCCACUGCGCUCUCACCUCCAUAUCAUCCUGAGCACAUCAUGCUGGACGCUUUUAUGUUAGAUGAGUGCUGACUGUGAUACUCCCCAUCAUUUCUCUCCACCCUUUUCCCAACUAAUGAUGUGCAAUUAAAAGAUCUGCUCUCCAGGCAAGGGUGGACCCCGGAGGGGACUGAUGUGCAUACUGGCCAGGUAUCAUCUGCUCCCUUCUUCUCUGGUUUUGCUCAUUUUGCUUGUCGCCUGCAGUAUGGGCUGUAUUCAGAGCAUCGCAUGCAAGCCCCGCAUCAGACGGGAGAACAUUGUGGUGUACGAGGUUUCAGCCUCCAUCGACCAGUGUCCCACCAUCAUCGAGGAGAACUCACCGAUUGUGCUCCGCUACAAGACGCCUUACUUCAGGGCCUCGGCAGGGGUUGUGAUGCCUCCAGUGCCCCGCAAUGAGACCUGGGUGGUGGGCUGGAUCCAGGCUUGUACCCAGAUGGAGUUCUACAACACCUAUGGGGAUAUUGGCAUGUCCAGCUGGGAGCUACCAGAGCUGCGAGAGGGUCGGGUGAAGGCCAUCAGCGACUCUGACGGUGUCAGCUACCCCUGGUACGGCAACACCACCGAGACAGUCACCCUGACCGGACCCACGUCCAAACCGUCCCGCCUGACGGUCAGCAUGAACGACAACUUCUACCCCAGUGUGACCUGGGCGGUGCCCAUUAGCAACAGCAACACGCCCAUGCUGACCCACAUCACCAGGGACCAGAGCUUCAUCACCUGGCUGGUGGCUAUGAACUCCGUCACCAAGGAGCGCAUUGUGCUGCAGACGGUGCGGUGGCGGAUGCGUGUGGACAUUGCCGUGGAGCCCGACAUGCCUCUGGGCUCUCGGGCCUCGUUGGUGGGGCGUCCCUACCAGGAGCAGCCGCACAUUCUUAACUACCAGGAGCCCAUCCCUCCCAACGCACUGGGGAGGCCCAACGCCAACGACGCCCAAGUGCUGAUGUGGAGGCCGCGGAGAGGGGCGCCACUAGUGGUCAUACCGCCAAAAUAGGAGCGUGGAUUGGUUGCAAAGACAAAUUGUUCCCUCUUACAGAAAAGGUGAUGAAGCCUAUCACAGAAGAGAUGGUUUCCCUGCGCUCCUGAUGCCAGCACUCACUGAAAGAUUGAAGUGGACCAUGAAAACAAGCCAGAAUGGAUAUGGCACUGCACCGUAUCAGAAAUGGAAGUCGACUAAAAACUAGUAACAAUGGCCCAGGUGGCAUCAAUGGCUUUUUUGGCCCCAGAUCAGUUUUGGACUCCUGUAAAGAGUUCUGCCUGCUUUUUAGCCAAGAAGGAACGCUGUUUUUAGACUGCAUCCUGCAUCCUUAUGUAGAUCUUAUUGCAUGAGAGCGUGAGAGAGACACAAAGCUGUCCUUGAGAAGUUUAAGCAUUUGUUUUGUACAUUGAUACCUGAAGACAUUUUGAUUGAAAGUCAGCCAAAAAAAAAAAAAACACAGACCCUGCGGGCUGGUUAAACCUCUUCAGUGCCAACAAAGGCCUUCAACACACUCAGUUCCAGAGUUACCGGAUGUAUUCAGAGAAUUUAACAGAGACAAAGUAUUAUAUGAGUCUUUUUAGGGUUAAGAUUAACACAUGCAUCGAUCAGAUUGUAUUAAGAGCACCCACCUUGCAUAAAAGUC